UAUUUCUCUUCCAGAGGAAAGGGUGGAGGUCAAAGAGCCUGAGGUGGAAAUGGAAGCUCCAGAGAUUCAAAUUGAGGUGAAAGAUACCGUAGGCUCCCCCUCAAGAUUCAAAAUGCCAACUUUAAAAUUCCCUCAAUUUGGAGCAGCUGCACCAAACAUCACAGUAGAGGUACCUGAUGUGGACAAGGACGUCAAGGUUCAUGGAUCUGAAAUUCCAGAACUCAAACUGACAAUGUCAGCAAUUAACAUUGAAAAGCCAAGUGUUGACCUUAAAGGCCUAUCUAUAGAUGUGGAUGUGAAGAGCAAAAGACUUGACAUUGUCACUUUACCAGAGGCCAGCGUGGAGGUCCAACCACCUAGCACUGAACUCAAAGUGCCUUCUGGUAAAUGUGAAAUUCCUGAGGGAGUUACUACAGAAAUUGAUGUAAAAAUGAGAAAGCCACGAAUGUCAUUUGGAUGGUUUUCAAAACCAGAAGUGAAAGCACCGGAUGUUAAUGUCAGUCUUCCAAAGGGGGACAUUUCUCUUCCAGAGGUAAAGGUGGAGGUCAAAGAGUCAGAGGUGGAAAUUAAAUCUCCAGAAAUUCAAGUUGAAAUGAAACAUGGAAUUGAGCUUCAGGGACAAGGAAGUAAGUUCAAACUACCAAAAUUUGGAAUCUCAUUGCCGAAGGUUAAAGGUCCUGAAUUUGACUUAAGUAUCUCAAAGACAGAUGUAGAUGUCAAUUUACCAGAGAGAAGAGCAGACCAACUAUCUGAUGUUGAAGUAGGAGUGCCCUCUGUUAAAGUUGAAAUACCAGAAGCAGUUUCUAAAGAUUUUGAUGUGAAAUUGAAAAAGCCCCGAAUGUCAUUCCCCAAAUUUGGAUUUUCAAAACCAGAAGUUAAAGCACCCGAGGUUGAUGUCAGUCUUCCAGAGGUGGAUAUUUCUCUUCCAGAAGAAAAGGUGGAGGUCAAAGAGCCUGAGAUGGAAAUUGAAGCUCCAGAGAUUAAAAUUGAGGUGAAAGAUACCGUAGGCUCCCCCUCAAGAUUCAAAAUGCCAACUUUAAAAUUCCCUCAAUUUGGAGCAGCAGCUCCAAACAUCACAGUAGAGGUACCUGAUAUGGACAAGGGCAUCAAGGGUCAUGGAUCUGAAAUUCCAGAACUCAAACUGACAAUGUCAGCAAUGAACAUUGAAAAUCCAAGUGUUGACCUUAAAGGCCCAUCUAUAGAUGUGGAUGUGAAGAGUAAAACACUUGAAAUUGUCACUUUACCAGAGGCCAGCGUGGAGGUCCAACCACCUAGAAUUGAACUCAAAGUGUCUUCUGGUGAAGUUGAAAUGCCUGAGGGAGCUGCUACAGAAAUGGAUGUGAAAAUGAAAAAGCCACGGAUGUCAUUUGGAUGGUUUUCAAAACCAGAAGUGAAAGCAUCGGAGGUUGAUGUCAGUCUUCCAGAGGUGGAUAUUUCUCUUCCAGAGGGAAAAGUGGAGGUCAAAGAGCCUGAGGUGGAAAUGACAGCUCCAGAGAUUCAAGUUGAAGUGAAACAUGAUAUUGAGCUUGAGGGACAAGGAAGUAAGUUCAAACUACCCAAAUUUGGAAUCUCAUUGCCGAAGGUUAAAGGUCCUGAAUUUGACUUAAGUAUCUCAAAGACAGAUGUAGAUGUCAACUUACCAGAGAGAAGAGCAGACCAUCUACCUGAUGUUGAAGUAGGAGUGCCCUCUGUUGAAGUUGAAAUACCAGAAGCAGUCUCUAAAGACAUUGAUGUGAAAUUGAAAAAGCCCAGAAUGUCUUUCCCCAAAUUUGGAUUUUCAAAACCAGAAGUUAAAGCACCCGAGGUUGAUGUCAGUCUUCCAGGGGUGGAUAUUUCUCUUCCAGAGGAAAGGGUGGAGGUCAAAGAGCCUGAGGUGGAAAUGGAAGCUCCAGAGAUUCAAAUUGAGGUGAAAGAUACCGUAGGCUCCCCCUCAAGAUUCAAAAUGCCAACUUUAAAAUUCCCUCAAUUUGGAGCAGCUGCUCCAAACAUCACAGUAGAGGUACCUGAUGUGGACAAGGACGUCAAGGUUCAUGGAUCUGAAAUUCCAGAACUCAAACUGACAAUGUCAGCAAUGAACAUUGAAAAGCCAAGUGUUGACCUUAAAGGCCCAUCUAUAGAUGUGGAUGUGAAGAGCAAAAGACUUGACAUUGUCACUUUACCAGAGGCCAGCGUGGAGGUCCAACCACCUAGCACUGAACUCAAAGUGCCUUCUGGUAAAGGUGAAAUUCCUGAGGGAGUUGCUACAGAAAUGGAUGUAAAAAUGAGAAAGCCACGGAUGUCAUUUGGAUGGUUUUCAAAACCAGAAGUGAAAGCAUCGGAGGUUGAUGUCAGUCUUCCAAAGGGGGACAUUUCUCUUCCAGAGGUAAAGGUGGAGGUCAAAGAGUCAGAGGUGGAAAUUAAAUCUCCAGAAAUUCAAGUUGAAAUGAAACAUGGAAUUGAGCUUGAGGAACAAGGAAGUAAGUUCAAACUACCAAAAUUUGGAAUCUCAUUGCCGAAGGUUAAAGGUCCUGAAUUUGACUUAAGUAUCUCAAAGACAGAUGUAGAUGUCAACUUACCAGAGAGAAGAGCAGACCAUCUACCUGAUGUUGAAGUAGGAGUGCCCUCUGUUGAAGUUGAAAUACCAGAAGCAGUCUCUAAAGACAUUGAUGUGAAAUUGAAAAAGCCCAGAAUGUCUUUCCCCAAAUUUGGAUUUUCAAAACCAGAAGUGAAAGCACCCGAGGUUGAUGUCAGUCUUCCAGGGGUGGAUAUUUCUCUUCCAGAGGAAAGGGUGGAGGUCAAAGAGCCUGAGGUGGAAAUGGAAGCUCCAGAGAUUCAAAUUGAGGUGAAAGAUACCGUAGGCUCCCCUCAAGAUUCAAAAUGCCAACUUUAA